UAGUUCUAACAUGGCAUGUGCAUUUAUUUCCUCUUUUAGCAACUUAACAGCUGCUUUUUUAUUAAACUUUUUUUUUGGGGAAAAGCUUUUUUAUUAAACAAACCAUAAAAAUUAAAUUCCACUCUGUACUUUGCAUAGCCGACUGCAGUCAUAUACUAACCUUGCCCCCGUCUUCUCUGUUCAGACCCUUAUCCAAAAUAGACAAGCUACAAAUGCCUGCCUUUCUCGCCGGGGAUUAUCGCCGCCGGCGACUGUUAACGGCUGCGAUCACUCUACUUGUCACAUUCAAGUCCGUCAUCUCCUUCCAAUACAAAGUCGGCGACCUCGAUUCCUGGGGCGUACCCCCUCCCUCCCUCCCCAACCUCUACGCCUCCUGGGUUCUCAAUCAUCACUUUCACAUCAACGAUUCUCUCUAUUUCCUCUACCCGCCGAGUCAGGAUUCGGUGGUUCAGGUCACGGAGAAGGCCUUCAAUGUCUGCAUAGUGACGGACCCGAUCUUGAAGAUGGAGGAUGGGAACUCGAUUUUUAAGUUCACCUCACCGGGAACGUUCUAUUUCACCAGCGGCGUUGCCGACCAUUGUGAGAAGCGACAGAAGCUGCAGAUCGCGGUUCCGGACGCAAAUGGGGCAUUCUUCCAGCCAGCCGGUGCUCCGGCAGCGGCGGCGGCUGGUGGACCGGCGGCGUACCCGCUGGUGUUUGGCCCGAUGCCGGAGGGGGGUUCUUCCGCGUCGCCGCGGUUGCGCGGCGCAGUCGGUGGUGGACUUGCGGUGGCUAUUGCUACUCUCUGCUGGUUAUUUUGAAUGGCGUGAUCGUGAUGGUAGGGUAGAUCUGGAUCUAAUCGGCAUAUUUCUGCUUUUUUUUAUUUUGUUGGGGGAGAUCGGAAACCAAUGGGGGGCUAUUUUGAUAUAAAUACAAUUUUAAAUUAUUUCCCUUAGUUUGUUUUUUAAUCAUGUGGAGUUCUCUUGAAGAGGUAUUUA